AUAGAAAACAGCAACGAAGAACCCACCCUCUCUAUUACAUUUCACGUGACAAGUUGUCACUAAUUUGUAGAGAAUUAAUUGUGUACUGUUAAUUUUUGCCUAAAUUUGCAAUAUGAGGGCAGUUUUAGGAUACACUUUUCUCGGAACAGCCACAGCCACAAUUACAGUGUUAAGUUUGUACCAUGUCUUUACUGGAAAAGGGGAAAGAAUAAGUAUAAGAUGGUAUCUUGAAAAAUCUUCCCCCUAUUUGUGGGCAUCAUUAGGAGUGGCAUUGUCUGUGGCUCUAUCGAUAGUAGGAGCUGCUGCAGGUAUUCACACGACAGGGGUUAGUAUAAUUGGAGGAGGCGUGAAAGCACCCCGUAUUAAAACAAAAAAUCUGAUUUCCGUUAUUUUCUGUGAGGCCGUUGCUAUUUAUGGCCUAAUCACUGCAAUUGUCCUCUCAGGAAAUUUGGAAGAAUUUACAGGAGAUAUUGUUUCAAAAAGUGAUUUCCUUAUAGGGAAAAACUGGGCAGCGGGUUAUUUAAUGUUUGGAGCAGGCCUAACAGUUGGACUAGUAAACUUAUUUUGUGGGAUGUGUGUUGGAAUUGUCGGAUCAGGAGCAGCAUUGGCAGAUGCUGCAAAUUCUGCACUAUUUGUGAAAAUUCUCAUUGUUGAAAUUUUCGGAAGUGCUAUUGGACUCUUUGGAUUAAUCGUUGGAAUAUUUAUUAUUUCAAAGGUUCAAAUGGGUGACAAGAUUCACUAACCAGUAUUCACAUUAAUAAUGCACCUGUAAAUAGUUUACCAUGACAUUUAAGAUCUUCUUUGUAAAUAUAUAUUUACCUUUGUAUCGAAAGAAUAAACAUUUCUAGCUGAUCUUAAAGCAAAUAUAGAUUUUUUCUGAUGUAAUGAUUACUUUGUUAUUAAAUAUAGUACUGUA